GUGCUGACCCUCACCAUGCUGGGCCUGGGCUGUACUGUACAAGUCCGCCAGCUCGGACACCACCUCCGCAGCCCCGUGGCCCCGCUGCUCGCUGCCGCCUCCCAGUUUGUGAUCAUGCCCCUGGUGGCCUUCCUCUUGGCCCUGGCCUUCUCCCUGGGGGAGGUCGCAGCCACAGCGGUGCUGCUGUGUGGUUGUUGUCCCGGGGGGAAUCUCUCCAACAUCCUCUCCGUGCUGGUUCACGGAGACAUGAACCUCAGCAUAAUCAUGACUAUCUCUUCCACACUUCUGGCCCUGCUGCUGAUGCCCUUGUGUCUAUGGAUUUACAGCCGAGCCUGGAUUAAUACCCCUGUUGUUCAGCUCAUGCCCUUCGGUGCAAUAAUUCUUACACUAUGUGGCACUCUAAUUCCGAUUGGGCUCGGGGUCUUCAUCAGAUAUAGAUACAACAGAGCAGCAGACUUCCUCCUAAAGAUUUCUCUAUGGUCUUUGAUGGUCACGCUGAUACUCCUCUUCAUUCUCACCGGCACCUUACUGGGACCUGAUCUCCUUGCUACUAUCCCGGCUUCUGUGUACAUUGUAGCUCUGCUGAUGCCGUUGGCUGGCUACGUUGCUGGUUAUGGUUUGGGUACUCUCUUCAAUUUGCCUCCUAACUGUAAAAGGACCGUUUCUUUGGGGACUGGAUGUCAAAACGUCCAACUCUGCACAGCCAUCCUGAAAUUAGCUUUCCCUCCCCAGGUUAUUGGCGGCAUCUACAUGUUCCCGCUGCUCUACGCGUUAUUCCAAGUAACAGAAGCUGGCCUUUUUGUUUUGGGAUAUAAAAUUUACAGAAGGAACAUAGCGCCCAUGGUAAAACCAGCAGACUUCGAUGCUGACACAGACAUUUCGUACAAGCAGCUCAAAGAGAAAGAAGUUACCGAUUUAUCUUAUGGAGCCGUUCAUGAGAGUGAACAACACGCUGUCAUAAUGGAACCUACUAUGAGCGAGACACAAAUGUGAAAAGGGACUGCUAUGAAAUAAAAAUAGCAAUGAGCUACCGCUAUACGGCUGCUGUCCGCCAAUCCCUUCAAUUGAUCGUUAUC